AUGAGUGGCUGCCGAAGUGAAGCUGUUGCCAAGGCGACGAACUAUGGUGGAGUUUUGGACAAUGUGAGCGUCUCCUGUGUGAGAGGUAGGGAAGCAGAUUUGGUCCGCGGCGGGUUCCAGCCGCGCCUUCCGACUUCGCUGCCGCCCCCAGGGCAGCAGCAGCAGCCGUCGCCGCUACCACGCCGACAGCCCGUCCCGUUGAUGCCUCCCGCGCAGCUUCAGCCGGGAGCGCCCCAGGUGGUCGCUCCGGCGCCUGCGGUCCCUCUUCAGUCGCCACCGCCUUCGGGGCUGAUGGACGUCGACCCCUCAGCCGGGCCGCCUUCCCAAGCGGUGGCUGUGCAGCCUGUCCUGCAGCCGCUUUCCUUGGGCACCCCCAAGGAGUCUGACACCGCAGCGCCUUGUCCGGCGCCCACUCAGCAGCCGUCGACGCAGCGUCGGGAGACGCUGCCUCUCUUCGAGGGUCCCUACGCCCCGUCGCGUCCAGUACCAGAAGCUGCGCCCGUGGUCACAGGCGUAGAGGCGCCCGUGAGUACCCACGCUACUUGCCCAUGGGUUCUGUCAGCCAGCAGUUCCCCCGACACCUCUUUGCUAACAGCUUGCUUUAACAACGAUGGGCGGGCGCGAGCGCGGUACCCGUGA